GUUAAUUAUAGGCUUGAGUUAUGAGUUCCCGUGGGCAUCGGCAUGCGCAAGACAACUGGAUGAGGGAUCAGGAUAUGGAGGGGGGGCAAGUCUCCGAAAUUGAUGGAGAUGAUUCAGGACAAAAGAGAAGAAGAAUCAAAACAAUUCUUGACCCAGAGGGGCAGCUGCUGCGACGGUGGAACAUGAUGAUUGCAGUGUCGUGUGUAAUUGCAGUAUCAGUGGACCCUUUGUUCUUUUACGUUCUUUUCAUCAACGAACAUAAGAAGUGCUUGUUGUUGGAUAAAAGAUUGAAGAUCGUAGCCAUUACUUUGCGAUCUGUCACGGAUUUCAUUUAUGUUUUGAACAUAAUUUUGCAAUUUAUAUGUCCUUACAUCGACAAGGAAUGUCGUAAGCUUGGACAAAUUAAGGUGGUUACAGAUCCUCAACAAAUAGCAAAGCACUACUUCUUCUCCUGGUACUUUGUAAUUGACAUUCUCGCUACUCUUCCUCUCCCACAGGUUUUAUUUCCAAUUAUUUUUUUAGAAAUCAGAGAUUCAAAUUAUUUUGACAAAAGGAAGUCGCUGAACGCUCUUGUUUUCUGCCAAUACACACCAAGAGUUGUCCGAGUCUACAUAUCAUGGAUGAAUCACAGCAGGAUUGCCAGCAAACUUGCUAGAACAGUAUGGGUUAAAGCUGCAUUCAACUUCUUUCUCUAUAUAUUUUCCAGUCAUGUACUAGGCGCCUAUUGGUACUUUCUUUCAGUGCAACGAGAGAUGGCUUGCUGGCACACGGCCUGUAAAAACCAUAGUAAAUGUACUUCAAUUUCUUUUAAUUGUAAUCACCCUUUAAACGAUCUCGCUUUUUUAGAUGAUAAGUGCUCCGUAGAAACACCAAACACAAAGGGCGCCUUUGAUUAUGGAAUUUUUCUUGGAGCCCUUCAAUCUGGUAAUUUGCAGUCCACAGAUUUUCCACAAAAGCUCGCCUAUUGUUUUUGGUGGGGCUUACGGAAUUUGAGUUCUUUUGGUCAAAACCUUCAAACAAGUUCAUAUUUCUGGGAAAACUUCUUCGCAAUUUUUGUCUCAAUCUUUGCUUUGCUGCUGUUUUUGUAUUUCAUUGGAAAUGUGCAGACAUAUAGACAGUUGGCAACUGAAAGGUCAGAAGAAAUUAUACAAAAUAUGAAAGUUAAAGAGCGAGAAAUAGAUUUAUGGAUAGAUAGGAACAAGCUCCCUGGUUGUAUGAAAAAGGAGAUCAUGCCUAAUGUUCAACGCAUGCUGGAACAAAAGAAAGAAGUUGAUGUACAAAAUCUGCUCUCUCAUCUUCCUAGUGAACUUGCAAGGAAGAUUAAGCGCUAUAUCUGUUUACCUAUGCUUAAAAAAGUGCCACAACUUGUAGGAAAAAGUGACCAACAUUUGCAAUUGAUCUGCGACUAUCUGAAGCCAGUGCACUACAAGCAGCACAGCUACAUUGUGAGGGAGGGAGAACCACUUGAUGCGAUGCUCUUCAUAACGCAAGGCAUCAUAUGGAACUUCACCAUCAUUAAUGGUGAGAGAAGAAAUAAGUGCAUUGAGAAAGGUAAUUUCUAUGGAGAAGAACUUCUUGAUUGGGGGUUGGAUUCCCCCGCCUUACCCAACCUAUCUGACCUCCCAAUCUCUCUCAAAACUGCAAAAACGCAUACAAAAGUUGAAGCCUUUGCUCUAAUGGCCAACGACUUGAGGACUAUAGUUUCCAGGCGUACUGAAGCAGUUUCUGCUGUACAAGCAGCUUUCCGGCGCUUUAAUGAAAAGCCUCUCCAGUUUGUUGAGGGGAUGAAGAACAUUGAAAUUUCGUCUGUGUUAGAGGACAGAUAGCAAGUUAUCUAAGGAUUAGGCCUGAACCACAUGUCUCGGACAAUUUAUUUCAUUCCUACUCAAACUCAGAAGCUCACAGUUCCUCUGUUUCAGAUAUUGUCGAUAUGGCUACCAACCAGGGAGAUAUUUGAUGAUGGAAGAGAUAGAAGAGAUAUUCAAGCUCGCAUCCAUAAAAGAUUAGUCCCAGCUGUUAGCUCGAUAGCAAAUCUUUCUUUUACUGAUUUGUAUAUAUAUGCUGUGUAUUAUUAUUAUCUUUAUUCAUAUUUAUUCUUUGGUUCUAGUUGUAUUCGGUUUAGCU